GUUGUCGUCGAGCGUUUCCUGUUGAGGAAGCGAACAGCUCUGCAGCUAAACUGCAAUGACAGCCUGAUUUUCACACAUUUAUCUUCACAUUUGUCUUUCAUUCACAAAUAUUCUUUAGCUUUAUCAUCGGAAAAAUGGCAGACACUGGAAAUCGUUUGCGUAAGCUGUUGGAAUCCCCUAAUUUUGAUCCUCAAUCGUACGUGAAGCAGCUCUCGCAGCAGUCGGACGGGGACCGGGAUUUACAAGAACACCGUCAGAAAAUACAAACGCUCGCCGACGAAACCGCGCAAAACCUGAAGAAAAAUGUUUAUAAAAACUACAGACAGUUUAUUGAGACAGCCAAGGAGAUUUCGUAUCUUGAAAGUGAGAUGUAUCAGCUGAGUCACAUUCUCACGGAGCAGAAGAGCAUAAUGGAGAGCAUUACACAGUCUCUCCUCUCCACUGAUAAAGAUGAAGCAGCCAAAGAGAUGCUCGCAGCCUUCCCAAAGGAAACUGAGGAGGUUAAACAAAGAACCCUAACCACUCUUUUGGAAAAAGUAGAGGGGUGCAAGAACAUCAUGGAAACCCCAGGCAGAUAUCUAGUCUAUAAUGGAGAUCUUUUGGAGUAUGACGCAGACAACAUGUCACAGAUCCAAAAGGUUCACGCGUUUCUGAUGAACGAUUGCCUGCUUAUCGCAACUUGGUUGGCAAACAGACGCGGAGCCGUGAAAUACAAAUACAAUGCGUUGUAUGAUCUAGAAAGCUUUGCUGUUGUAAACGUAAAAGACAACCCUCCAAUGAAAGACAUGUUCAAAAUCCUCAUGUUCCCCGAUAGCCGCAUCUUCAAAGCUGAGAACAGCAAGAUCAAAAAAGAGUGGCUGGAGAUUCUGGAGGAAACAAAGAAAAACAAAGUGGCGAAAGACAAACACAAAAAAGAAGAGGAAGUGCCAACGUCGCCGGUCAGACAGGAAGUGUCCACAAACCCAUUUGAUGAGGACGAGCCACUGGAUUCGGAGGAACUGGUGGAUCUGAGUCCCGAAUGGAUCCAGGAGCUUCCAGAAGACCUUGACGUGUGCAUCGCUCAGAGAGACUUUGAGGGUGCUGUUGAUCUUCUGGAUAAACUAAAUGAAUAUCUAAAGGAGCAACCAGUGAGCCCACGAGUGAAGGAGCUGAGGGGGAAGGUGGAUGAGCGCGUUCGACAGCUGACGGAGGUUUUGGUGUUCGAACUCUCGCCUGAUCGCUCGCUCCGUGGAGGACCUAAAGCCACACGGCGAGCCGUGUCUCAGCUCAUUCGCCUGGGCCAAUCCACAAAGGCCUGUGAGCUGUUUUUGAAAAACAGAGCGGCGGCUGUCCAAACUGCCAUCAGGCAGCUUCGCAUUGAAGGUGCAACGCUGCUUUACAUCCAAAAGCUGUGUAACAUCUUCUUCACAAGCUUGCUUGAAACCGCCAGGGAGUUUGAGACUGAUUUCGCAGGCAACACUGGCUGCUACUCCGCUUUUGUGGUCUGGUCUCGUUCGGUGAUGAAGAUGUUUGUAGAUGCUUUCAGCAAGCAGGUGUUUGACAGCAAAGAAAGCUUGUCUACUGCUGCAGAAUGCGUGAAGUUCGCCAGUGAGCACUGCAUGCAGCUGAGCGAGAUUGGCUUGGAUCUAACUUUCAUUUUACAAUCUUUACUUGUGAAAGACAUAAGAGCGGCUCUCCAAAGCCAGAAAGACAUCAUCAUAGAAGCAACCAGGCAUCGUAACUCUGAGGAAAUGUGGCGUAGGAUGAAUCUUAUGACUCCUGAAGCUCUGGCCAAACUCAAGGAUGAAAUGCGGAGCUGCGGGAUCAGCAGUUUCGACCAGUAUACGGGAGAAGACUGCUGGGUCAACCUGAGCUACACUAUUGUGGCCUUCACCAAGCAGAUGAUGGCCUUCCUGGAGGAAGGGCUGAAGCUGUACUUCCCAGAGCUGCACAUGGUGUUUCUGGAGAGCCUGCGGGAGAUCAUACUGGUGGCGGUGCAGCAUGUGGACUACAGCCUGCGCUGCGAGCAGGAGACUGAGAAAAAGUCCUUUAUUCUGCAAAAUGCAUCGUUCCUGCAUGAGACGGUGCUUCCUGUUGUGGAGAAGAGGUUUGAGGAGGGAGUUGGGAAACCAGCCAAACAGCUCCAGGAUUUGAGGAAGAGCUCUCGGGCUGUCAGGGUCAACCCUGAGAGCACCAUGUCCGUUGUUUAAUAGAGAUGAGUUCGGAUGUGAAUGAAUGGGACUGCUAAUGCACUAACGAGAGGUCUUCAAAUCUCAAUACAUUUCACUACAUUGCACUCAUAUGACUCAUUUUUGAUGUUGCGAUACACUCCUAACCUCUCACACUCUUUAAAGGAAUAGUUCACUAAAAAUAAAAAUUGUAAUUUUUUACUCACCUUCAUGUCAAACCUUAUUGUUUUUGUACAUAGAGCACAAAGAGAGAAUUUUUUAAAAUUCCUUUAAAUCAAGCUAUGGAAGCCUGUUUCCAACACAGAAUUAAAGAAAAAUGGUAAUUGUGACUUUUUAUCUCACAAUUCUGACUUUUUCUGCAAUUCUGAGAAAAAUACUUGCAAGAUAUAGACAGAAUUGAGAGAUAUAAAAUGUUGUAAGCUGUAAAGUGAAAAAAUUGUGAGUUUAUAUCUCAUAAUUGUGGGUUUAUUGUUCACAAUUCAAAGUUGUCAGAAUUGCUAAUAAAAUUGAGAAUCAAAAUUGCAAGUUAUCAUCUACAAUUCAGACUUUUUUCUUGGUAUUUUGAAUUUAUACCUUCCAAUUGCAACGUACAAACUCACAUCUGCAAGUUUAUGGACGCUUUUUCUCAGAAGUGUGAGAAUUAUGAAGAAUUGUGGGAUUUUUUUCUUCUGUGGCAGAAAUAGGCUUCUAUAUUAAACCAAAUGGCAUAACAAUUAGAUUUCAUAAUAUUAAGUGUAUUAAUAGUGCUUUGUAGAGAGAUCGGCUGUUGGUUCUUUAAUCAUUUAUGAUGAACUGUAUAAAGUAAAUAAAAAAGUAUUAUUGCCCUACUAAUUAAAAUGUAAAGAAUUACAUUUCAUUUGUCAUUUCAAUCAAACAAAAAGACAGAUGUAAAGGUAAAAACACUUUUAUUUAUACUGAUUUCUUUUAGUGUGUUUUUGUACACAAACUAGUAAACACUUUUUGUUAAAAAAAAAAGAAAAAAAAAAAGCAAGGUGCAUUAAACUCACUUAAAAUUAAUAUGUUGUAUUCUUUUGAUCCUGUGCUCCAGAUGUCAAAGCUUUUAAAUGUAGUGCCCCCUGGUGUACAUGGAAUUGUUCAAUAAAAGUAAGGCACUGUUAAAAAAAUCCCAAAGCCAGAGUCUUGACAAUAACACAGAGUUAUUAAAAAUAUUCCCCCUUCAUCUGUUUUUUCUCUUUCAUACUGCUGUUUCUGCUCUCUGCCAAACUUCAUAUCCAUGAUCAAAUAUUAACAAGGUAUUUUUAUAUUGUGUUUUUAUUGUUUUAACCCUCCCUGCACAGUAUACCCACACAAAUUUAAAUUGACAAAUAAUAAUAUGAGAGAAUAUUUUAAGGUGUUGGCACUAUUCAUUAGAUUUAAAUCAAUUUGAAACAAUUAUUUUAAUGCAUGCAAGAAAGUCUGACUGGAUUAUUUGAUGCAGUCUGAUUUGCACUGACACACAACAUGGAUGGUGGUUUUUCAGCAUUCUAGAUACACAUCACCCUCUGGGUUAUGACAGGAGUUCAUUUUCUCUUGGCAGACCCCCAGCCUAAUCUCACGGAUCAGUCUCGCGCCUCUGAACAACACGACAGGCAUGUGAGAAAGAACAAUAGCUUGUGCCUUUGUGCCCCUGAUUGUCAAAAAAAAAAAUUUGAAACUGCACUAUUAGAUUACAUUAA